AGUGGGAAGCGGCCAGUCAGUCGUUUUAGUUACCUGCCGCCGUGAACAUGGCUCAGUUGCACAUCCUGUUGGGCCUGCUGGCCCUGCUCCUGUCAGUGGUGGUGUCGGUCAAUGGAUCCCUCUGCCGUAUCCCUAUCCAGAGGUCCCCGAACUUCAAGCGCACCCGGGCGGCGGCCAAGGCUGAGAUGUUCUACAUCGCCAAGAAGUACAACCUGAAUGUCGCCACCAAUUCGACCGGAGUGGAGCAGCUCUCCAACUACGACAACUUCCAGUAUUACGGAAGCAUCAACAUCGGCACUCCCGGCCAGAACUUCCAGGUGCAGUUCGACACGGGCUCCUCCAACCUGUGGAUCCCCAGCUCCCAGUGCACCAGCUCCUCCUGUAUGGUCCACACCCGGUACUCCAGCUACCAGUCCAGCACCUACAAGAGCAAUGGCUCCAUCUUCAACAUCACCUACGGCACGGGCAGUGUCUCCGGCUUCAUGUCUCAGGACGUGGUGUCCGUGGCGGGCCUGGUGAUCCGCAACCAGACCUUCGGCGAGGUGACCUCCGAGUCGGGUAGCAACUUCUUGAAUGCCAGCUUCGAUGGCAUCCUGGGCCUGGCCUUCCCCAUGCUGGCCGUCAACCUCGUGACCCCGUUCUUCCAGAAUCUGAUCAGCCAGAAGGUGGUGCAGCAGCCGGUGUUCUCGUUCUAUCUGAGGAAUAAUGGAACCACCGUGACCUACGGUGGUGAGCUGAUCCUGGGCGGAUCCGACCCCAAACUGUAUCGCGGAAAACUCACCUACGUCCCGGUCAGCUAUCCCGCCUACUGGCAGUUCUACACGGACUCCAUCCAGAUGGGCAACACCCUGAUCAGUACGGGAGACGCUGCCAUCGCGGACACGGGCACCUCCCUGCUGGUGGCCCCCCAGGCGGAGUACACCCAGAUCGCCAAGAUAUUCAACGCCGAUUCCGACGGAGUCUUCGCCUGCGGCAAGAUCAGCAAGUGGCCGACGAUGUACAUCAAGAUCAACGGCGUGUCCUUCCAGAUCACCCCCGAGUACUAUAUUAUCCAGGAGGGAUACUACUGCGCCCUGGCCAUCCAGCCGGCCAGCCAGGACUUCUGGAUCCUGGGCGAUGUCUUCCUGGGCCGCUACUACACCGAGUUCGAUGUGGGCAACCAGAGACUGGGCUUCGCUCCCGUGAAUGCCGCCAAUACCCUGGGCCAGUCGGGUGUCCUGGGCCUACUGAUGGUCCUGGCCGUCUAUAAGAUGUUCUUCCACUAACCUAACUAACCUAACUCCCCUAACUAUACCUCCGACUAUCUAAUAACUUCCCAUUUUUUUUUUAUUUUUUUUUUUCCUGAAAUGUAAAACCGUAAAGUCUUAUUUAAUAAAUAAUUCCCUUUAA